GUAGGUUAGUAGGAGUGGCUGAACUGAGGAGCUGGCAGUUUGCUUUGCAUGAAUCGCGGACUCGAAGUUUGUGGCUGCACCUCCGAUAUUUCCUGUGAGCCGCACAGACAGAGCCGUGCCGAGCCGAGGGCGGAGGAGGCGAGGAGAGGAAUGGCAGAGAACAGCUCCGAGACAAGCGGCUCCGUUCACCGGAGAUGUUUGGGCCAUUCUUCGGCGGAGCGAAACGUUUCAGCUGGGGUCGGGGCUUCAAAAUGGAUUCGACUAAAUGUCGGGGGAACCUAUUUUUUAACUACGAGACAGACGCUGUGUCGAGACCCAAAAUCAUUUCUGUACAGACUGAGCCAAGCUGACCCCGAGCUCGACUCUGACAAGGAUGAAACUGGUGCCUAUCUCAUAGACAGAGACCCCACGUACUUCGGGCCAGUGCUUAACUACUUAAGGCAUGGCAAACUGGUGCUCAACAGGGACUUGGCAGAGGAAGGAGUUUUAGAAGAAGCCGAAUUCUACAACAUCACAUCAUUAAUAAAGCUCAUCAAGGACAAGAUCAGGGAACGCGAUUGCAAAACAUCACAGGUUCCAGUAAAGCAUGUUUACCGGGUGCUGCAGUGCCAGGAGGAGGAGCUCACUCAAAUGGUGUCCACCAUGUCUGACGGCUGGAAGUUUGAACAGCUCGUCAGCAUCGGCUCCUCCUACAACUACGGAAACGAAGACCAAGCUGAGUUCCUGUGUGUAGUCUCCAAGGAGUUGCACAAUCAAUCAUACGGGACAAACAGUGAGCCCAGUGAGAAGGCUAAGAUUCUUCAGGAAAGGGGUUCCCGGAUGUGAAAAGGACUCAGUAUUAUGAGCUCCAGGUGUUAUGAUGCAAACAUAUCAUCUAUGUGGAAGAACGUGUGGCACAAUGGAGAUUUAAAGUGGGGUGUGCAUUUAUUUUGUUUUCCCUCCAAUUUCUU